AUCUUCUUUCAGAUUAAAUGAAAUCAUCUGUUACAACAUCGUUCACAUCAUACGCCUGACAUGGAAGGACAUACACAUAACUCAUGCGCCAGUGUAACUAUUGAUAUAAACGGCUACAAUAAAGCCUUUUAAUAACUUUUUCAUUUAACUAACAAAGUAAACGCAUCAAUGCAUUUUUCUUGAUACAUAAGAACAUAAAGAUGACGACUGAGGAAUAUGACACUGAAAUGGAUUACUCCGACUCAGAUUGCGGAGAUCCAGGUUACGAAGAUUAUUAUAAUGUACACCCAUGGGAUGGAGAAGGUGACAAUGAUAUAGAUAACGAUCAAAGCCGAAGAGAUCCUGAAUACGCUGUAUAUGAUUGUUUAAGAAUUGAAGAAGUGGAAAGACUUUUAAAUGAAGAUGUAGAGUUGUUAAGUAAUAGUCUCCAUAUAACACCAUCCUUAGCCAAAGUUUUAUUACACGCACACAAUUGGGCAUUACAAGACAUCAUCGCAAAGUAUCGUACCAAUGCUUCCAGUUUGUUAAUUAAUUCAAAAAUAAGAUCAUUACCUCCAUUGGAUUCACUAUCAGCACUAAAAGGUCAAAGGGGUGGAUUAUGUUCAGUUUGUGUUACAAUAUAUCCAGCUGAGAAAUUUUCUAUUCUAACAUGUGGACAUUCAUUUUGUAAAGACUGUUGGUGCAUGCAUUUUGAAGUACAAAUAACCCAAGGUAUUUCUACAGGAAUAAGUUGCAUGGCACAGGAUUGUAAUGUCCUAGCUCCAGAAGACUUUGUUUUAUCUCUACUUACUAAGCCUAACAUGAGAGAAAGAUAUCAACAGUUUGCUUUUUGUGAUUAUGUAAAAUCCCAUCCACAAUUAAGGUUUUGUCCCGGACCCAAUUGUCAAAUGAUUAUGCGUUCGAAAGAGCAAAGAGCAAAAAGAGUGAUGUGUUCAUCAUGUAGAACUGUGUUUUGCUUCCGAUGUGGUAUUGAUUACCAUGCACCCACUGACUGUAAUACUAUGAAAAAAUGGCUAACAAAAUGUGCAGAUGAUUCAGAAACAGCUAAUUAUAUUAGCGCCCACACCAAAGAUUGUCCAAAAUGCCAUAUUUGCAUAGAAAAAAAUGGUGGUUGCAAUCAUAUGCAAUGUUAUAAUUGUAAGUAUGAUUUUUGUUGGAUGUGCCUUGGAGAUUGGAAAGCACACGGAAGCGAAUAUUAUGUAUGUUCAAGAUAUAAAGAGAAUCCUAACAUUGCUCAUGAGAGUGUUCUUGCACAAGCAAGAGAAGCUCUAAAAAAAUAUCUUCAUUACUACGAAAGAUGGGAAAAUCACAGUAAGUCGUUAAAAUUGGAAGAACAAACUUUAGAAGCUAUAAAGAUGCAAAUAAACAAGAAAGUAAUGAACUCUAGUGGAACGUGGAUCGAUUGGCAACAUUUAUUUGCAGCUGCGUCGCUUUUAACGCGUUGCCGCUAUACUUUACAGUAUACUUACCCUUAUGCUUAUUAUAUGGAACCUGGACCGCGAAAAGAAUUAUUUGAAUACCAACAAGCGCAAUUGGAAGCGGAAAUAGAAGAUCUUUCUUGGAAAAUAGAACAUGCAGAAACAACAAAUCGUGGAGAUUUGGAAAAUCAAAUGGAUAUUGCUGAAAAACGUCGAGUCACUUUACUGAAGGAUUUUCUUGAGAUAUCUUAAUCAAAGACGGCAAGGGGGUUAGAGAAGGAAAGAGAAAGCAUCAAUGAAGAAUGGCAUGUAGGAAAGUAUUAACUUUUAUUGACUGAUUGUUAAAAUUUGACAUAUAAUGUAUAAUUUCCUAGUCUAAGAGUAUUUCCAUGAAUAUUGUAUAAUUGCAUUUUUCGAAAUUCAUAUUUAGAAAAUUGUUUUUAUUGAUGCUUAUCACACAGUUGAACAAAAGAUAUUAUAAAAAUUAUUGAUUUUAUGGAUUAUGAUAUGUAUUUUUUAUCACAUGAGUUUAAAUAUGAAUUUCGCUUGUGCUGAUUCGAUGGAUCCUUUAAUCUUUCCUUUAAAGCAUUACUACUACUAAGAAACAUUUUAGUAUCAACGACUGGCUAAAGUAAAAAAAAAGUGGAAGAAAACACAUAGCCUAACAAUUUAAUUAGGUGCCAAUAAAUGGUACCUUUAACAUGUAAAUAUUGUGGUAAUGUAAAAGAACGUGACAUUUUCUAUAAUUAGACUUGAGGUGCAUGCAACGAUCAAAGACAUCCAUUAAAAACUGCAACUGAACUUUUUUUCAACUAUUUAUACGCGAUACAUUAGAAUAGAUACGAUCGAUCUUUUAAUAAAGAAUCCCGUUUAAACUUAACGACCAUUGUGGAAAAUAAAUGUAAUAAUUAAUAUGUCACUAAAAGAAAUAAACUUUACCGCAACAAUUGUA